GCAGGUCUCUGCAAAGCUUGGACUUUUCCGCUGUGUGAUGACUUUUCCUAUGGAGCUGCUAAGUGGUGGGCACCCAUUUAGCAGGCUGACCAGUGCUUCUGUCCAGUCAGAGGACUAAUCUCUUCGGAUGAGGGUCAAAUGACUGUCCAGGCUGGCAGAAUGGAUGUGGCCUUAGUGGACUUCGAGAACCUAGAGGACAUAAACAGCAAUGUGGACGAGCUAGAUGACCUGGACUAUCCUAAUGAAAAGACAGCCCUUACUGUCGAUAUGUCAGAAUGUGGACUGGGCACCAAUCACACGUGUUCCCAAAGGUUUUCGCCCUACAGAGAAAAAGGCCAGCAGACUCUUGGGGUGCCCCCAUCGCCGAUUUUACCCCCUCAAACCAGGCGAGGACGUGCGAGUUGUGCAAGUCUAAUUUCCAACUGGAAACUUUUACUAAACAGCGAAGGAACUCAGAGCGAGACUAUCUUCAGCAAACUGGCCAAAGAAUGCUGCGAGGAUCUGUUUGUGGACAAGAGAGGUCUGGAUGAUGGCGAUCAGAAGAUCAUUAUAAACAUUGCUGGUCUACGUUUUGAGACACGGCUCAAGACGUUGGACCAGUUUCCUGACACUCUGUUGGGAGAUGCCUCAAAAAGGAUGGACUACUUUGAUCCAAUGAGGAAUGAAUAUUUCUUCGAUCGCAACCGGCCCAGCUUCGAUGGGAUCCUGUACUACUACCAGUCAGGCGGAAAGAUCCGCAGACCCGCGAACGUCCCCUUGGACAUCUUUGCGGAUGAGAUCAUUUUCUACGAGCUGGGCAGUGAAGCGAUGGAACAGUUCCGUGAGGAAGAAGGCUUCAUCAAGGAGGUUGAGGUUCCUCUGCCGAGUAAUGAGAUCUACAGGCAGUUCUGGUUACUGUUUGAGUAUCCUGAAAGCUCCAACGCAGCCCGUGCCGUCGCUCUGGUCUCCAUCUUCGUCAUCAUCAUCUCCAUCGUCAUUUUCUGCAUGGAGACUCUUCCCGAGUUCCGCGAGGACUUCGAGAUCUUUCCCACCAUGGGAAUGCCUUUCAACCGGUCAGGCAACAUGGGAUUCCCUUCGCUUUCUCCACCCAGCGCUACGCCGAAAACCAUCACCGCCACCUUCUCAGACCCCUUCUUCAUCAUCGAGACAGCCUGCAUCAUCUGGUUCUUCUUUGAGCUCUCGGUUCGCUUUCUGGUCUGCCCGAGCAAGCGCGAGUUCUUUAACAAUAUCAUGAACAUGAUCGACAUCAUCUCCAUCAUACCGUACUUCGUCACCCUUGUGACCGAGACGGUAACCGCCACCAACCAGUCCACCGGACAGAACAUGUCUCUGGCCAUACUGAGGAUCAUCAGGUUGGUUCGAGUCUUCAGGAUCUUCAAGCUCUCGCGCCACUCGAAAGGCCUGCAGAUUCUGGGCCAGACGCUCAAAGCCAGCAUGAGGGAACUCGGACUGCUGAUCUUCUUCCUCUUCAUCGGCGUCAUCCUCUUCUCCAGCGCCAUCUACUUCGCUGAAGUGGACGAGCCCAACACGCAGUUCGUCAGCAUUCCUGAUGGGUUCUGGUGGGCGGUAGUCACCAUGACCACAGUGGGGUAUGGGGACAUGUGUCCCAUCACUCUGGGAGGCAAAAUGGUCGGCACGUUGUGCGCCAUCGCCGGAGUACUGACCAUCGCCCUGCCCGUACCCGUCAUCGUCUCAAACUUCAACUACUUCUACCACCGGGAGACGGAGCAGGAAGAGAAGCAGCCCCUCGCCGAAGCUUCUGAACAAGCCGCAAAAUCAGGAACCGCCACAAAGCAUGGCAGCACCACGUCCCUCAACAAGGCCAACGGGAACUGGAGUGAGAAAUCGAAGCACUGACGACGCUGACGGCGUCGCUACUGUAAGAGUGGACGAAUAAAACAGAACAGUACGGCUUGUUUUGCACAUUGGGAAUAUAUACGAUUAUAGUUUCCAGAAUAUAGAGUCCAGUCAGAGUUAGCGGACUGCUAAUGAUUAGCUGUGUGCUAAUGCGCUAGUCACUCAUGUUUGACUUCAUAUGUAAUGGAGUUUCUUGGAAUGAUUAACAGGUUUUAUUUGAUGUAAAAAAUUAUCUAAUGUAAGUUUUCUUUCACAAACUUUAAUUACGAACCCAGAUUGAAGUUCUUAAGCCCAAAAUAUGUUUUAAAACUCAAGGUAUUUAAAUGUGUGGCCUUUAUUCUCAACCUGUUCUUAAACUUGUAAUAUUUAUUUACAUCAACAACAGUUAAUCAAUAAAAAGCUGAUUUUACUCUUAAAACUAAAGGUGCUACAAAUCUUCCACAAGCAAAAAAUAUUUUUCGUAAAAGAGAUAUUCAUUAAAUGUCCAAAUGUUUGUUGACACCCCUAAAAUGAAUUCAGCAUCCAGGUACUUUAAGUUGCACCCAUUGCUGACAAGUCUUUCUUACACAUCUCAAAAUAUCAACUUUACAGGAGAGAGAAAAAGCUUUCUAAACUUUUAAUGCACAUCAAUGUAAAAAGAGUUUAUUUCAGGUCAUUUUUAAGUAUUUCUAUUGGUCCGUUCAUCAAGAAAAUUUGACACGGUGUAAGGAACAGUUUGUCUGUUUGAAUUAUGUAGUAGAGAAAAAAAUUAACAAAAAUGGAGAUACUUGUUCUUCAUUGGACAGCGACGUAUUGCAUAUCUUUACAUAAACAUUGGGAUAAAUAUAAGGACAUACAAACUCAAUACAAGCAAAAAAUCAUGUACAAAUCAUGAAAAAAAAAAGAAAAAGCAUACAGUAUAUUUAAAACGAGUAAAAGUAAAAGACUAAAGCUCUGUCUGGAUGAGAUUAGUAUCUGUGUAAAAUAUUUUACACUUCUACUCUUUAGUGAUAAAGAGGAUCAGUGAGUUUUUAGAAGUUUUUUUUUCUCAGUCGCAUGACAUCACAAAACGCUGUUCUGUUCAGUAGCUCCUCCAUUUCCACUCGCUGUUGUGUUUUUGACGUGGAUCUCCGUGGAAACUGUGGCACGUCCAAAGUGCCCAAAGCGCCCAAUAUCUAUUUUAUUAAAGGCGAGGAGACAAAACUCAGAGAUGUGCGUCCGGACGGUACUAAAAUUACCGGAGGAGCACGGAGUUCAGAGAAAAACAGUAGAUAAUUCAGCCUGUAAUUUUCUCAGAGGACGUCUGAGAAAAACACGAACAUGAUCGUUCUGGACGAGAAUAAAAUCACAGAGGAUAAAAAAAACCCAUAAAAUAGAAAAUUACCCCAAAACCCCCCUGAAAUCAAUCCCAUCUAUAUAUUUAAAAGAAAUAAAAGUAAAAGACUAAGACUGGACGAGCUGUGUUUGUGCAUUUGCACGGCUGUGUGAGCAGCAGUGGUGCAGGUUACAGUAUCUGAAUGUGGAUUUCUUCAUUAUUGAAGGUGUUGAGUAUAGUUGGGCAGUUCAGAAUCCGGAGUUUCUGAGAGUCUGAGUGUUUUUUAGGGGAUAAACAGCUUUAAUUCUGAGAGUAGCAGAUUUUAGGCUCAUCAACCCAUCUGUGUUACAUAAUCUCUGUAUUAAAACACCAAUCAUCUCAUAAUAAUCCCAUAAAAUCUCCUAAACCCUCCUCCUCCAUCCCAAACCCAACAUCCCAUAAUUAGUCUGAGAGAUUUCACACCAAAAAAAAAUUACUACAGGACAGAAAUGUUCAUUUUUACAGCGGAUUUUAUCUGAUUACAGAAGAUAUUAACUCAAGAUAUUUCAUGUUUUAAGUUUGAACAUAUCUUCUAGUUCAGUGUUUUUAUAUUGAUCCAGACUGUGAAGAAACACAUGAGGAAUGAUGUAGUAAACUGUUAACUUGUUAUUUGCAACAGAGGGGUCCUGAUCAGUGCCAGUUCCAUCAUUAUAAUGUUUUUUAAGGUCUUUGCGGUUUCAAAGUUCUUAAAAUUCGUGUUGACUGACCUCGGAAAAACAUUAUUUACAAUCCCACCAAGCAUUUACAGUUUAAAAGGGAUUGAAAACGUUCAAUAGGAAAUUUGAAAUAAUAAGGAGCAAAAGUAAGUAGUAAAAAAUAAUAAAUUAAUAAAUAAAAGACAAACACAUUUUAAAUUGAUGGUUAAUAUAUGAAUAAUAUAUAUAGGUAAAAAGAAACAAAUAGGAAAUUCUAAAAGGAUAAUAAAAAUGUACAAUAUAAAACAUAUUUUGGUUUGUUCAACACUUUUUUUUAAUAAAUAAUUUCAUAUGUUGUUCUUCAUAGUUUGGAUGAGUUAAAAAUAUUUUAAAAUAAUUGUUUCCAAACGUUUCACUGUAUUUUAGACCAGAAACACAUAAAACCUUAACCUUAGCUGGUAACCUAAGGGUAUCCUUAGCUGUAGCUCAGUGCUAACCUGUUCAGGAGAAAAUGAGCAGCUCUAGGUAAGCUCAGGUAAACAUAAACAGCUGUAUUCUGUCUGCUCCUCUGCUUUGACUGAUAGCAGUUCAUGUUAGCAUGCUAUGUUAGCAUAACAACAUUAGCCAGCACUAGUCUGGAUUACUUAACCUCACUCGAACACUCGCUGCACACUUUGAUAACCCAGCUAAAUGCAGAGCACUGAGUGUGAAAACUGCAAAAACUCAAAUGUGAAAUAGAUUUUAAAUGCCCAUUCCUACUAACUAACAGCUGGGAUAAAUUACCUUGCAAACGCUAGCUAAUUUUAGAUGUAGCUCAGUAAAGCUAAGCAUGCGUCUUGUAGUCCUUCUGGGCUCUCAGCUUCUCAAUAUAUCAAACGCAUUAGCAAUAUUUGCUGAUGUUUAUCUCUGCUUAUUAAGCUUUUUAGAAGGAUGGCGAGGCUGCAGCACUCUGUGUUUACCUGAUGUUGUGUUCCAUACCUGGCAACCUGGCGUGAGGAAAUGGGACUGGGGAAUGAGCAGGGAAUUUCACAGAUUUACACUCCUUAACAAACAAUUUAAAGAAGAAUGUACUGGCGGAGGCAUUGCUUUGAAACCCUUGCUGAAACAUGCUUAGCAUUAGCUUAGCAUUAGCUUAGCAUGUUUCCCUAAUAUCUAAUCACAGCACACCAUGACCUGGAUGACUGAUGACCCUCAUAAACACUUCUGUACAGGGGUUAAUGAUCUCUUUACUGGAGAACUCUGGAGUUUUUUAUCCUGACAAUGUUUUCUCAGAAUAAAGAAGGAAAUUCUUUAUUACAGUAAUAAUAAUUCACUAUUGUUAAAAGUGUUUUUAGUGAGUUUUGAGUUUUUUCUCUUCAGGGAAAUGUGUUUUAAUUCACUACAGAUACAGGAGAUGAAUGCUGGGGAUGUUAGUAAUGAUCUCAUGAUUUUAAUCUCUGUUAAUUUGAUUGGUUGAAGCGCAGUAAUUGCUGUAUUGAUUGUAUAUUGUAUACAGUGGGUUUAAUCUGAUGGUAUUUUAUCAGACUGGAUUGGCUGUUCAG